ACCAAGGAACCGACUCAAAAGAAGGAUCUAGCCAUUUCAGGCCGGGUGCUGCGCGAGGGUUUUCAGUUCCACUGAGGAACUCUCGAGACACUGCUCGUCGCCGGAGACCUCCACCCGCCGUUGCUGCAACCGCCUCGCUUUCGGUGUAGCAACAAGGAAAUAGGAAGGCUCUUUUUCGUCUCUGUAUCUUCUCAGUCAUGCACGCCCCCGUCCUUGUUCUCAAAGAUUCUUUAAAACGGGAAUCUGGUAGUAAGGUUCAUCAUGCUAACAUCCAAGCAUCGAAGGCUGUGGCUGACAUAAUUCGAACUACUUUGGGACCUCGGUCUAUGCUUAAAAUGCUGCUUGAUGCUGCAGGAGGUAUUGUAGUUACAAAUGAUGGAAAUGCUAUUCUUCGUGAGCUUGAUCUUGCUCACCCAGCUGCUAAGUCGAUGAUUGAACUAAGCCGGACACAGGAUGAAGAAGUCGGAGAUGGCACGACGUCUGUCAUUGUUCUAGCUGGUGAGAUGCUCCAUGUUGCGGCAACUUUCAUUGACAAGAACUACCAUCCGACUGUUAUAUGUCGAGCUUAUAACAAAGCUUUGGAAGACUCUAUAGCUGUUUUGGACAAAAUCGCAAUGCCCAUUGAUGUGACUGAUCGUGCUGCAAUGCUGGACCUUGUCAAAAGUUGUAUAGGCACAAAAUUUACUGGACAAUUUGGGGAUUUAAUUGCUGAUCUGGCUAUUGAUGCUACAACAACUGCUGGUGUUGACCUUGGCCAAGGUGUACGUGAGGUUGAUAUUAAGAAGUAUAUAAAAGUUGAGAAGGUUCCUGGCGGGCAGCUUGAGGAUUCCAAGGUUCUCAAGGGAGUUAUGAUUAAUAAAGAUGUAGUUGCACCUGGAAAAAUGAGGAGAAAGAUAUUAAACCCUCGCAUUAUUCUUCUUGAUUGCCCCCUUGAGUAUAAGAAGGGAGAAAAUCAAACAAAUGCUGAAUUGGUGAAGGAAGAUGAUUGGGAAGUACUGCUAAAGAUGGAGGAGGAAUAUAUACAAAAUAUGUGCAUGCAGAUACUGAAGUUCAAACCUGAUUUGGUGAUCACUGAAAAAGGGCUUAGUGAUCUUGCAUGCCAUUACUUGAGUAAGGCUGGAGUUAGUGCUAUCCGGAGAUUGCGCAAGACUGACAACAAUAGAAUUGCAAGGGCUUGUGGGGCUGUUGUUGUCAAUAGGCCAGAGGAGUUGCAAGAGUCUGAUGUUGGGACAGGGGCCGGCCUGUUUGAAGUCAAAAAAUUUGGUGACGAGUUUUUUGCUUUUAUUGUGGAUUGCAAAGAUCCAAAAGCCUGUACCGUUCUCCUAAGAGGUGCUAGUAAGGAUCUUUUGAAUGAGGUUGAAAGAAAUUUGCAGGAUGCUAUGUCAGUAGCCCGAAACAUCUUGAAAAACCCAAAACUUCUCCCUGGUGGUGGUGCAACAGAGUUAACAGUAUCAGCUGUACUAAAACAGAAGAGUUCUUCAAUCGAAGGGAUAGAAAAGUGGCCCUAUGAAGCUGCUGCUGUAGCUUUUGAAGCAAUUCCACGAACCUUAGCUCAGAACUGUGGCGUAAAUGUCAUUCGCACCAUGACUGCCCUCCAAGGAAAGCAUGCCAAUGCUGGGAAUGAAUGGGUUGGCAUUGAUGGAAAUACUGGUGAAAUUGUUGAUAUGAAGGAGCGGAAAAUCUGGGACUCCUACAAUGUGAAGGCCCAAACAUUCAAGACAGCUAUCGAGGCCGCUUCCAUGCUGCUUAGGAUCGAUGACAUUGUGAGUGGUAUCAAGAAGAAGCAGGCUCCUGGUGCUGGUCCAACCCCAUCUAAGCCUAAGAUAGAAGAGGAAGGAGAUGCCGAUAAUGAGCAGAUACUUCCUGAGUAGAAUGUUCCGUUAAGUUUGUUUCUUGUCGUGUUACAUCUGAUGAGAGUAUUAGGGCUCCUAGGGACCAAGAAUUGGUGAACUUAAAUUUGCUUGCUAAAUUUUGUUUUUUGUUUUAUGUUUUCGGAAUAUGCCAUUGAUAUUUGUGUUUUGCAUUUUGUUCUGUUUAAUCUGAGGUCGUUGACCUUUUCGCAGUA